GGGGGCAGAGCCAGCCCGUGUUGGAGGCUGUGCCCGGCACCGGCGGCAGCCACGGACACAACGUGAUCAAAGGUCACCUGCACCGCCCCGGAGCGCGGCGGAUCCGCCGCCAUGCCCUCCUGCCGUGCGGAAUCGGUUCCUCCUUCGCCYAACGCCGGGAGGGGAAGCGCGGGGUGAGAGCUGGAGAGCGUGAGCUGUGCCCUGCUGGGGCCAGCCCUGCGAGAGGCACCGCCAUGGCCCAGCAGCAGCGGGAGAAGAGCGUGGCGGAGCAGAAGGCAGCUGGCAUCUCCCGGAGGUUCUCCUUCCUGGAUGCCGCCCAGCCCCAGGCGGGCAGCCUGGCCCGCAGCUCCCGUCUCUGGCCAGCCACACUGGCGAGCAGGGAGCGUUUCCAUACGCUGCAGAAGAUGGACACCAACAAAAGCAACACCUGGGGCAGGCACAGCCUGGGAAGCUGGGGUAGGACUUCAGGCAGGUUCUCCAUGGGCUCCAGCAGUGCCCGGAGGAAGGAGCUGAAGGAAAUCCUCCUGCAGAGCAGCCCUGGCAGCACCCUSCGGUUUGCCAGCGCCCAGAAGACAUCCAGCAACAGCAGUCUCCCAGCAGGGCUGCAUCAAGAGGAGAAGCCUGAGCAGAGCCCUGAUCUGCUGCCCCUUGCCCUCGAUCCUCUGGAGCAUGCAUGGUUGCUGACGGUGGCCCAGGGAGAUGCAGACAGCAUCAUCAAGCUGCUGGACCUGGAUCCCAGCCUGCUGACCAGGAGAGACUUUGUGACAGGCUUCACUGCUCUCCACUGGCUUGCCAARCAUGGCAACCACGAGAACUUCAUCCAGGUCAUCUCCCAUGCCCAGAAGAAAGGCUACCCUGUCAAUGUGAACAUCCCCACGGCCAGUGGCGGGCUCACCCCCUUGCACCUAGCUGCCUUGCAGGGACAUGAGGUGAUUAUCAAGGUGCUGGUGGGAGCUUACGGGGCAGACACCACCUGCAGGGACCACAACGGGCGCAAGGCUUGGCAGUACCUGUCAGCAGACACCUCCAGGGACCUGAAGGAGCUGGCAGGGGCUUUGGAGGAGGAUUUGAUCCAGCUGUACUCUCACAACACCAACAAUAACUGUAAGUCAUCCAGAGAGGCUGGGGCAGGGCAGGACUCGGUUGACUCCGGGGUCGAGGGGAAAGCCCAGCACUCCUGGAGCCUGUCKACACUCCGAGGCUUUGUUAGACAGGCAUUUGCUUUCUUCCAAGAGCGCUGAAGCUCCCCUGGCCCCAUUCACCUGUAAACCCAUGCUGGAUAGCAGCUGGAAAAGCCCGCAGGGAGCUGGGAACUUUGGUGCUCAAAAUCGUGGCUGAGUGAGGGUUAAACCACAGCACCAAAGUCAGCCUGGAUCUCGUGGGCUGUGCUGGUUUGUGUGUGUGUGGAGCACCAUGGCGAUUGGGAGCACUGCCUUGGGACAGCCUUUCCAAAAAACUGCCUGUCCGCAGAGGGGGUUUUGCCCCGUGCCCCUGUGAGCCCAGCAGAUCCCCAUGGUAAGCGCUCACAUGUCAGCUCUGCUGUGCGAAGCUACUCCUCCACCAUCCCAUGUGCCCACGGGAGGAUGCUGACCCAUCAUGUGUGGAUCCCGUGCUGCAAACGCUUUCCAGCUUCCUGAAAUAUCCCCCAAUCUCUGCCAUAUGCAACUUCUCUGGGCUGAUAUUUGUUUAUGACAGAUAAAGUUGAUUCUCAAUGCAGUAAGAGCUAAGGGUCCUGUUUGUCAGAAGAGGCCAAGCAAAGAGAAGCYUUUCAAAAUGCAAGACAACUCACAGUGGCAGCCUUUCCCUGGAGACCGCCAUCCCAGGAAACCUGAAAUAUUCAAUCCUGUUGGGAAUGGGGGCCAGAACAAAGGAGGCAGGAAGUACACCGGUGGAGCAGCACAUGGUGGCUCCUGUGAGAACUAGAGCUCAGGAACAGCUCUGGAAAGAUGAUUCAUUCUCAAAAACUGUGGAGAAGGUACGUUAAGGCUGUAAGAUUUUCGUUAUCUUUAUUGCUACUGAGGUCAUGCUCAAAAAUGAAACUGAAAAAUGCUGCGUGUAUGUCCCGGUCACUGCAUUAAAAGGGCAAAGCCUCUGCUCGCCUGUUUGUGUUUUGUUCACAAAGUGGAGCUCURCCCUCAUGAUUUCAACUGGCUUUUUACAUUCUCAAAGGCCAGGACUGCUUCAAAAUAUCUUCAGAAAAACAACAGCCCCUUCCUCUUUUUCAUCAGCAUGAGAUUUUUCCUACACCCUUAAAUAGCAGUCCCGUUUGAGAAGUGCCUUUCAUACAGGAACCGGGGAGUUUCUGUUCCCCAGGGCAGAGCAGCAGCCCUUGCAGAGACACCUCCUUUAGGAGGGCAGUUGYGGUUUCUUGCCAGCUGCCUGGCAGGGGGUCUGCAGGGGUGACCAAGGGACUCAAGAUGAUCCGGCCUGGCUGCRCUGGUGAAUUUGCAUCUCGAUGCAGAAAGAUACACAAAAAUACACAGGUAAUUUCCUCCGAUGAACUUGAGCCUGGGGGUUUCACAGACCCUGAGCAAACCCCACUUAUAUUCAGACUGUGUUUUGAAAUGCUGCUUGGAAACUGAAAUAACCCAAUGUGCAGGAAUGACAUGUGGAAAAGCAGCCUCCACAUGAGUGAACURGGAUCCAGUGACUGGACAAUGCCCAGUCCAGGUGACUGCAUGGACAUAUAGAUGUGUCUGGACAUCUUUUUAAUCCCUGAGGUCAUCAGCAGGUACAUACAAAAUAUGCUAGGGAUAUUCAAUGCCCAGUUUACAAGAGUUUUGUAACGCUUUAGCUCUAAUAGUGAAGACUUUGGCAAYACAGCUCCUUCUGGAACUACUGUGGUCCCAUCUGUGCAAUGGGAGAGCAGGCUGCCUUCUCAUGAGUCUUGCUCAUGCCAGCACAAACUCCAUGGACAGCACUGGUGUCAAGUUCUGGUAAUCAAAAUGCUGUUGAUAAGACAGGUAGGACUGACAAAAUAUUAUUUAACCUAUCAGUCCUCUGCCACCCUUUUGCAGCUGUCAGGGAAGGGACACAGAAUGGCUUUUACAUCCUCCUCUGGGUAAGACACAGAGUAAACAGUGGAAUUAAUGAGAAUUUCCUUGCAGGAACCGUUUUCUUGGCAAUUGUACCUGUGUUAGUCAUGCUCCACCCAGAAAMGUGCACCUAAAUGUUCCAUUUCAAAGUAAAAUUUAUCUGACAAAUGCUGCACYUCUUUGUUAAGAAGGCUGAGUUUAACCAAAGUUUAAUUUGAGCUAAAUUGACUUUGCACUAUCCCUUAACAUUGAGUUUGAAAAGCAGAUUCAGUCAAACGGAGGCUCGGCCACGUCACAAAGGUGUUUGAGCAGCAAUGUUGGGGCCUCGCUGCCAUGGCCUCCGCAGGCCCUYUGCAGCGCCAGUGUGCCUGGAGCUCCAGGCUCUUUAGAGCUCUGAGYCCUAACCCCAGGCAGAUGGAAAAUUAUGAAAGGGGUUAUUUUCCAAAGCAGCUCCUUAGUAGAGGCAGCUUCCAUCUAAUAAAAACACCACAGUAAUGACGGUAAUAGGGGGACUUUCUAAUAAAUAGUAAUAAAUUGUUUACUCUAUUGCUUAUGAAAGUUUU